AUGGCCACAAGAAGAAUCGUAAGCGCUUGGCGACAAUGUCGUUUACUGGAGAACAAGCUGAGUCAAGGCAAAGGUGCUUACACUAGCCGUUUCGCCUCGACCCAUUUCGGUUUUCAACAAGUUGAAGAGACUGAGAAAGAGAAAAAAGUUCAUGAAGUGUUCGCCAAUGUGGCUGAGAAAUAUGACUUAAUGAAUGAUGCUAUGUCGAUGGGUGUUCAUCGUCUUUGGAAAGAUUAUUAUGUAGGCAGCUUACCUCUGAAGGCUGAUUCAAAUGUUUUGGAUGUUGCUGGUGGCACUGGAGAUAUUGCUUUCAGAUUAAGCAGGAGAAUCAACAGAGGAAAUGUGACAGUAUUUGACAUCAAUCAGAAUAUGUUAAAUGUAGGAAUGGAACGAGUGAAAAACGAGCCAAAGGUUGAAGCAUCUCGUCUUAGCUGGGUAUGUGGAAAUGCUGAGGCUCUUCCCUUUGAAGACAAUAAAUUCGACUUGUAUACCAUCUCAUUUGGUAUUAGAAAUUGUACCCAUGUUGAUAAAGUAAUUUCCGAAGCUUUUCGUGUUUUGAAACCAGGGGGAAUGUUUACUGUGCUCGAGUUCAGUGCUGUCUCUCCUUUACUGCGUCCUAUAUACGAUGCCUAUUCCUUCAAUGUCAUUCCAGUUAUGGGUGAGGUGUUAGCCAGUGAUUAUCACAGUUACAAGUAUUUAGUCGAAAGUAUAAGGAAGUUCCCUGAUCAGGACGCUUUCGCUGGGAUGAUCAGAACUGCCGGUUUCGAUGGGGUUCGGUAUGAGAAUCUAACGUUUGGAGUUUGUGCCAUACAUAAAGGAAUCAAACCAAAAUCUUCCAAGAAGACAUAA